AUGAUGGGUGGUAUGCGCGGCCUGAACGCAGCAGGAGACCGCGCCGCCAAUGCAGACAACAUCAGAGACGAAUCUAUUGUAGGUGCGGCUUACGACCACCGCGUAGUUAUGCGUCUCUUGACCUACAUCGCCCCUUACAAGAACGACGCGAUCCUGGCAGUGCUGGCGGUGGCCCUCUAUACCGCGGCCAACGUUUGCAUUCCCUACCUUGUAAAGCUGGGAAUAGACGGAGCAAUCGCCGACGGCAAUCUGGAAAUGCUGCACUGGGUGGGCGCCGCUUCCCUGCUGGUGGCGGUGCUGCACUUCGUGGGUAACUAUCUGCAGUUCGUAUUCAUGCCGCGGGUGGGGCAGGGCAUUCUCUACUCCCUUCGCACCAAAAUGUUCAACCAUCUGCAGGAACUGUCUCCCUCCUUUUUUCAUCGCACGCCCGUUGGCCAGAUUAUGUCACGCAGCCAGAGCGACGUGCUGCAGUUGCAAGAGACCUUUGAACUCAUCGUCCAGAGUUUUUCCGACCUCCUGAGCCUGGUCGGCAUCGUGACGAUGAUGCUGAUCAUUGACUGGCAGCUUGCGCUCAUCUGUCUGGCCAUCGUGCCGCCGCUGUUCUUUAUUCUGGGCUACUGGCAGAAGUUCGCCCGCCAUUCGUUCAUGCGUAUCCGCCGAGCCAUUGCGAUGGUUAACGGUGAAUACAACCAGAAUAUUACUGGUGUUCGCGUUGUACAGAGUCUCAACCGUCAGGACACAAACAUGGCCCACUUUGACGAGUUGAACUCUGAGCAUCUUGAACGCGAAUCUUGA